AUGGCUGGAGGUACCUGUGAGGGAGCCUGGGAUGUCCAGUUCUAUCUGUGGCCCUGGGAGUGUGGUGCUGCUAGGGGAGGGGGUAUUGAGGCACCCAUUCUUCAUAGUCCUCCUCUGAAGGUGCAUGUGCCCUCUUCUUCAGCGUCCACGGUCUCGGUCUCGCUUCCUGAACUCCGGUCACUCCUAACAUCAGGCCGGGCCCGGCUCUUCGAUGUGAGAUCUCGGGAGGAGGCUGCAGCGGGAACCAUCCCAGGGGCAGUCAACAUCCCGGUGUCCGAGUUGGAAAGUGCCCUGCAGAUGGAGCCAGCUGCAUUCAAAGCAUUGUACCGCACUGAGAAGCCAAAGCAAGAAGAUGAGAAUCUUGUUUUCUUCUGUCAAAUGGGAAAACGGGGCUUCCAGGCCACACAGCUGGCCCGGCGCCUUGGAUACACAGGGGCUCGAAACUAUGCUGGGGCCUAUAAGGAAUGGUUCGAGAAAGAGGGUUAGGCAGAACCCUUAUCUCUCCCUCCCACCUUAACAAAGGGUGAUGAAGGAGAUGACUUGCUGGGCUAGGCAACUCCUUUUAGUGCUUUGCACACAGAAACAUUAAUAAAGAACAUUUUAUCAAGUA